UAAGACGCUGAAUGAAAGUUUUCUCUUUCUUUCCUCUUCUUGACAGGGAAAGUUGAAUAAGAGGUUCGACCAAGAUGUUGGGAGGCAUAGCUGAUGGUGCUGGGAAGAUCCUGACGAUUGAUGAUCUGGUUGAAGCCUUGGACAUGCGUAAAAGGUCACAAAGCAACGUUCCCAAGGUCGAUAUCUUCCACUUCAGUGGAAAACGGGUCUCUGAUUGGCUUGACUUGGUGGAACAAGCGCUAGUCGGACUAUCUGACGCUGAUAAGUUUCAACGGAUUCUGAAGUAUGUGCUCCAUGGCCAUCACCAAGAGGUGAAGAAGGUUGUGAACGCAACUAAUGGCAGUUGGGCAAGAUUCAAAGAUGGAAUACAAAGGAAGUACAGACUGGACGAUGACCUGUUAACCACUGCGGACCUGGAAGCAAUGAACAGGGAUGACUUCACCACGGUGGGCGCCUUCGUACAAGAGUUUAAAAAAAAGGCGAAAAAGAUCCCUGGGACCUCUGAGGAAGCGCAAUGUGCUAUUUUCUUGGGAUUGCUCACCGCAUCAGAAGCGUCAGAGUUGACGAGCCAUGGAGGAGGAAGUGCGAAACUCACCUGGGCCACUAUUGACAAAGGGGUAGAGGAAGGAAGUCUGAACCAGGUGGAGUAGUAUUAGAUGCGCCUGCAAAGGCGAAAGAGGAAAGAAUGAGAUGCAACCGCCUCAG